AUGAUCUCAUAUCUUAAUCCAGUACCAUCUCUGCCGGAACCAUUUGGACCUCACAAGGUUGGCACAUCUGAAUGGGAGAUCCCAGUUUCUGAGAUUGCUUCAUCUGCACCAUCCACAGAUUCAACCAUCUCUACCAUCAAAUUCCGCCUCUACUACCCUACAUUGCCUACAGAAACUUCAGGUUCCAUAAAAUGGUUACCUCCACCACAAAGCCAAUGGAUUGAGGCAUAUUCGUCUUUUCUAGGAGCCGGGGCUCGUCUGGCAUCAUUCAUCUCAGCACUGCCCUCCCUCAUCAAGUACACCACCAUUCCUGCUAUUCCAGACGCUCCACUUCUUCCGAGGACAGCAUCCUCAAAGUACCCUCUGGUGGUCUUCUCACACGGCUUGGGAGGCAACUUCAACACCUACAGCUCUGUCUGCGCCGCGUUGGCUAGCUUCGGUAUAGUCUGUGCGGCCCCUGAGCAUCGAGAUGGGAGUGCCCCUAUCUCCCUCAUCCGGUCGUCUUCUGGGCAGCAUACAUCUUCAAUUCCCUACCAAAAACACUCCCACUCGCCAACCCCAGACGUGCUCAACGCUCGGAAUGCGCAACUCCGGAUCCGGCUGUGGGAAAUGGAGCUGUUGUCGACCGUUCUUCUCUCUCUCAAUACUGGAAAGACUUUCACAAACUAUGCUGCUUCACCGAGUCAGCGUGAACCACUGCCUUCUCUGUCGCAGACCCUUGACCUCCAACCAGGCCACAUUACCUGGGCUGGUCAUUCUUUUGGCGCAGCUACGACAGUCCAGUUUGUCAAGUCAGUCUAUUAUCAUGAACACCUCCCAUCCCUAGUAGGCACUGGCUAUGAAGACAACCGGGACUGGCGACCAUUGUAUACGCCCGCCAAAAAUAGCGAGCUUGUGGAACAAAUCACACCUGACUCCCCCGUCGCCCUGCUCGACCUUUGGACCAUGCCCCUGCGAGGCGAUGUGACGCAGUGGCUAUGGGAGAAACCUCUGCCAUGCUACGACCGCCGACCAUCUUCAGAAAAAGACAAUACAAACGUGGUAGCGGUCAUAUCAACAGAGUUCCACAAGUGGACAGAACUCUUGAGUCGCACCAAGGCGGCCUUGUCGAACCGACCCGCUGAGGCGAUCAAAGAGUUCGACCGGGCAAAGUCUGACUGUUCAGCAUCUUCUGAUGACGAAAGGUCCACCAUGUCAACGCCCCCCGGCAAAGCUCCCCUCCCAUUCCCCGACGAGGAAACGCCGCCAUCGUCGACUACUUCCUCAACAGAGCCCAGCCGAACAUCAAGCCCAAGCCCAGCCUCCACCCCACCUCCCACUACAGCCGAACCCACCGCACCCGCGCUCUAUCUGAUCCCAGACUCCGCCCACCUCUCCCAGUCCGACUUUGGACUUCUCUUCCCUAACCUGACACGCUACCUGAUGAAAGCCCAUGACCCGCAGAAGACGAUCGAGCUCAAUGUCCGCGCAAUCCUGGCAGUCAUGCGAGGUAGAGGGUUGGAGGUUGAGAAUUUCCAGCCGGCGAGUGAAUCCACGUCUGGCAAGUCCAAGUCCAAGUCCAAGUCACAGCAGCAACCGCCUCCCGAGACGGAGAAAGCCGCCCUCGACUCGAUCUUGAGUGAAGAGGGCGUCGAGGCGAGAUUCGUGAGGUUGCCGCUUAGUUAG